UUUGUCUUAAUUUAAUCAGAAGCUUUUGGGAAAUCUCAACCUGCCGUCUUACAACAGCGCCCUCAACCGGUGAGAAAGUGAACUGCAUGGAAAAUAUAAUUCUGUUGACAAAAUCCUUUCCCCGCAGAUGAAGCUGCUCGCUGUGCUGGAAGUAUGACUCAGAAAAAUCUGUCAAUUAAUUCUUCUCUUUCCUUUUUAUAUUGAACCUGACAGACAAUGGAAGUAAUACUACAUUAAUCUGUAGUCGUUUUUUAUAAAGGGCGAGAAAGAUCAAGCCUUUUCUUGUCUUCAAAAUGGACAAACGGAUUAGAUUUCAACCAGUCACAGCACUCCCUCAGCAGCUUUUGUUAUUCUUUAACAAAACAUUGCCCCUUUUUCUUUGGCUUCAGUAUGUAGGCCAAAGGUACAAAAGCUCUAAUGAAGCAGUUAGACGAGAGAUUUCCUUUCCAUUAAGAGCUGUAUUAUUCUAGUAAAUUAUAUCUGGCUAUAUUAUGACAUGAAGCACUGAAACAAUCUGUUGAUUCAGAGAUCAGUCAAUUGAUAUACAUGGGCUAACUAUUUGAUAGUCAAUCAAUAAUAUGCAUCAUGCAACAGCAGCCUGUAUUCUCUGGGUCCAGGUUCUGCAAUGUGAGGAUUUGCUGUUUUAUUUUAUAUUUCACAAGUGACUAAUAUGGGGUCAAUCAAUCUGAAGACGUCGUUUGGGUUUAGGGAGUUGUGAUAGACAGUUAUACUAUGAUUAAUCAAGCAUGUCGCAGACUUUUCGAUAAUGAAAAUAACUCCACCCCCAUGGGCUUUUGGGCAUAUUAAAAAAACGGCCCAACUGAAAAUAUUUGCCUCCAACCCAAUCAGGUAACACAUACUGAUAUCACAUCUAAACAUUAAACCAGACAGCCUCGCCUUCACCCACCUGACAUAUGUGCAACACUGCCAUCUAUGGAUAUGAGUUAUCUGAGUUGGUUCUCGCGCAUCACGUCGCUGCCCGUGCGCGUACAGGCGCAGCCGCCUGGACGCGCCUGUCAUCUGGAGGAAACUCCUCCCCGCAGACAGCGCGUUCUGUCGCCUUUCCAGCGCAAUGGUCUCCUGGAUCAUCUCUAGACUUGUGGUAAUUGUGUUUGGGACACUGUACCCAGCGUACUCCUCUUAUAAAGCUGUAAAGUCAAAAGAUGUGAAAGAAUAUGUGAAAUGGAUGAUGUACUGGAUAAUAUUUGCCCUAUUCACGGCUGUGGAAGUGUUCACAGACAUCUUUCUUUGUUGGAUUCCUUUCUACUACGAACUGAAGAUCGCCUUCAUGGUGUGGUUGCUGUCCCCGUACACUAAAGGCUCCAGCGUGCUGUACAGGAAGUUUGUUCAUCCGACGCUUUCCUCAAAAGAAAAGGAAAUUGAUGAGUACAUCUGCCAAGCAAAGGACAAAAGCUAUGACACACUUGUGCAUUUUGGGAGAAAGGGGCUGAAUGUUGCUGCCACAGCUGCAGUCAUGGCUGCGACAAAGAGCCAAGGGGUCCUGUCAGACCGACUGAGGAGCUUCAGCAUGCAGGACCUGUCUUCCUACCAGUCGGACCCCGUUGGCACCGGCCCGGGCCCCACGCCGCCUGCAGCCGCACCGCAGAAGACCAGGACGAUGAUGCGCAGCAAGUCGGAGAGCCACAACAAGGGACAGGAUUUUGACCUGACCGAGUAUGAGAUGUUGGGUUUGGACCAAUUGGACUCCAAGAAGUUGCUGUCCCAGACCAUUUCACCUUCUGAGUCUGAAACCAGCACUAUCGCGCCCUCACUGACACCCCAGUCCUCCCCACCUUCCACACCCUCUCCACCCCCCUCUCCUCCAGCUCCGGAGCAGCCUGAGGAGGUGGGGAAAGCAUCGAGCUCUCCACAGCUCAGGCUGUUUAAGAAGAAGGCUCCUGAGCCUCCUCUUAGACUCUUAAGGCCUCUCACAAGAUCCCGGAGGGCCUUCUUCGAACAAUGAAGCCAUGUGAAACUUCCCUAAAGACUACUGACGCUGCCUUUGCUGCAAGAAGUAAAAAUACUGAAUGGCCAAAAAGUACAUGACUAAAGCAGCCUUGCUUUGGAAGAAGGUAUUACCAAAGUGACCUAUGAUGACCCCUCUAUCGAUAGUAUAUGGCUCAUGAUUUAAAAACAAUGCAUUUGUGACAUUGAGAUCGUACAAAUGAAUGAAUGGGCUCCACGCUGAUACACAUUUUGAGUUUGUGGGUUAUUGAAUAUGUAUUUAUGUAGUUUGUGUACUUCAUCUGUCUGAUUUGAUUGUUUUUAUGUGUCAGAUUUGGGUAGGAAAUUGCAUGUGUGUCUUCCCCCUUAAUAGUACACUGUUUAUUGAGCAGAAAGUACUGUCACUGAAUAGUUAAACGGGCAUUGAGAGAAACAUGGUCACCCUGAGAGAAUGUGUUUAAAGCAAAGGAUCAAAAGAAAAGGCUGUUUUUACCCCAGUUCAAUAUCAAGAAACAUUUGUGAUAAACUGAGUUCUGCAUUGAUUCAUUAUUACAUUAAGGUAUUCAGGAAUCACCCAACAACCUAUUCCGAGAUGAGACAACCUACCUUGUGAACCCUGUUAUAAUGAAAGGUCAGACAGCAGCGGCAGGUAAUAUUCAGUUAUUUGCCUCGAUUAAAGCCUUAAUGCGAGACAUCAAAACACAAAAUGUCCCCCCCCCCCCCGUGAUAUAAGUAUUUCUAUCACAACUAUGUUCACAUUAAACAACCAUUUUGCACUAUGUUUAUAAUAUACAAUUGCUGCCCUAAAUACUCUGAAAUGGCCAAAAUGUACAACAAUAGUAACUGAAUAUUAUCCAAAAUAAGUAUACUGUUAUUUGCUUAAAUCUUCUGUGUGAAAUAAAUAAUUACUUUGUAACAAUUCAUAGCAUUUGCAUCACGGAUAAAUGAAGUCACUAUUUCAAGAAGUUUCCUUAGUAAAGCAGACAAUUAAGAAAAAGUCCCUUUUAGCUAAAGCAGAAAGAUGAGAAUGUAUUUACUGUAUAUCAACGUGGUUCUUUUUCCAUGUUUUAAAUCACUGUGUCAUGUUCUGUUAAGUGAGCAACACGAAACCGAUCUUACCUUCUACCUGCUUAGUUUUUAGAAGGGACUUAUUUGCAGGUUUAUAAACUUGCCUUUAGGUAAACAUUGCAUGGUGAUACUUUGUUUUCAUUCUGUACUUAACUCACUGAGCCUGAAUCACAGCCACAUUUUACACAAAGUAUCACCGUGUUGGCCGUCCGCUGCAGAUUUAUAGUCGUCUCGUCGUAUCUGUAUCAUUAGGGUGGUUUGAAACAAAAGCUUCUCAGGUACAACUUCUCUGUUUACACGUCAUUCACUCGGAUGUCGUCGAUACACUUAUGCUCAAAAUGUCCUUUUAAUGGAUGAAAAAUGUAAAAGGAUAAAUCUGACUGUCACAAUAUGAUUAUAAGCGUUCGUGCUGAGGGGAUUUCCUCUAUUAAGUCAUGCAAAGUAAAGGAGAGAAAAAAUGAUGUGGCGAAAUAUCGGAUUUGUAAACGUGUGUGAAACUCAUCGUUGCAUGAUGUUUGUUAGUAAUUUGUAUGAACAUUGGAUUUCUUAAAUGAUUUUCUUUAGAUGCCUGUCUGGUAAUCAAUUGUCAUUUUUGGUUGUUUUGUUGAAAGAAUAUGAAAUGUAACAACUACACGUUGGCUAUACAAAUAUAUGAAUAACGUCUUUACGAAUAAAUUAGCCACUGACUUAAAAAAAUGAGUUGACACCACUUAAGUUACGCUAAUACAUUUUGUUCUGGCAGGCCAGAAUAUCAAAUCACUUACAUUUGAACUUGAUUGUGAAAUAAAACAAAGCAGGGAAGUGGUACCAUGAUGGUUCAUUUGUCCGUUUAUUGUUCAAACUAGGUGAAAUAUUUCUGUUUAAAUCGAGCCAUUAAAUAUGAAGCAAGACUUUAA